AUGGCUUCAAUCUUGCCUCUAGCAUGUGGUCUUGGACCUAAACUGCCAGGCUCCUCCUUCUCUGCGACUAGGCACUUGAAUCUCCAUGAGCAUCCUUCCCAAUUGCUGGAAAUUCCUGCAAAGAAUUGCUAUGCAAUGUUCUUGAAUUUCAAUUGGAGUAACUUUAGCACGUCCCUGGGUCUUCUCCUGGCAGUGGUGGGAGUGGUGUAUAUCGGAGAUCGGCUGGGUUUUAGCAGUGCUCUUUUCGUUUGCACGGGGGUGAUUCUUUUCGGGAUCAUGGUAUUUUCCAGCGGCGCCAAGUUCUAUCGAUAUGCUCCCAGCUUGACAGGAAACCCAUUCGCCAGGCUCCUGCAGCGUGGAUCUCACAAGGGUGAUCAUUCCAACUUGGCGGGGAUUUUGGUGGUGUGGCUCGGAUCGGUGGUGUACGAGACAAUGAAAACGCAAACUUUCUCGCUCUUUGUCGAGCAGGCCGCGCUCAUGGACACAAUAGUUGGCGGCUUUCGCGUCCCGCCGGCAUCGCUCAACUCAGGAUGGGGAGCCGGGCUUGUCAUGAUGACCGCGGCUAUGGCGUGUGCGGCGGUGCUGGAAGCAAAUCGUCUCGCGGGUUUCCACAAUGAGCGAGUUCAGAUCAAUGUUUUGUGGCAAAUCCCCCAGUUCGUGCUUGUUGGCUGCUCGAAAGUUUUCUACUGCGUGGGAUUGAUCGAGUUUCUCUAUGAUCAAGCUCCCGAGAACUUGAGAACUGUGGCCGCGGCCAUGGCGUUCUUCUCAUCGUCGGUGGGGAGUUUUCUUUCCGGAUUCCUGGUGGGCAUCACGUCGAGCAUCACUGGAGAGCAAGGAUGGAUCCCGCGAGAUCUCAACAAUGGGCAUUUGGAUUACUUCUUUUGGCUGCUCGCCGCGCUGGGCAUUGCAAACUGGGUCAUCUUCUUGGUCUCGUACAAGUUUAAAGAGUAA